AAUUAGUCAAACAGGAACGAUUAAUUAACCGAGUUUUAUAUUUUUGUGGAAAUAGCUGUUACAUUGAUGUAAUGAUUGGUUUACUAUCGAUUUAAAGAAAAAUUGUUUGGAAACAAGCAAAAUCUAAUGCAGGCUAAUUUCAAUAGACUCCCUUUGCUCAAUUUGAGCCCCAUCGACUGUAAAGAGGACAUUGAUGAACGUUUCGAAAAGUCAUACACACUGCUUCAAGAAUUAAUCAAAGGAUCUUCAGAGUCAGAGGCUCAUGAUACUUUAAUAGCAACUGUCUCCAAAAGUACUCAAGAUCAUGAUAAUGUUUGUCUUGGAUUAUUGACCAGUAUUCUUGUUGACCCACCAAACGCUCCUCGAUAUUAUCGAGAUUUGACCUAUGUUUCCAGAGAUGGAAUGAAUCUUGUGAUAUCCCUCUUAAAUCGUAUUAUCUUGGAAAGAUAUCCUAAACUACACGAUGGGUGUCGUGCUCAGUUGAUUUGGGUUCUCCGCGAGUUAAUAAAAAAUUCUAUUACUGCUUGUGAAACUAUUGCUAUAAGUUUACUUCGUUCAAUUGCUGGCGGAGAUGUAUCAGCUAAAAAUUUAUGGUUAACAGAGAAAAUGUUGGACCUUUUAAUAGACAAUCGUUCUUGGCUUGAUAAAAACAGUUUUCUCAUAGCCAUAUCAGUUUAUACCUAUCUUAGAUUAAUUGUUGAUCACAGUUCACCUAGUUUAACACUUUUAAGACAAAAAGAAAUUGAUUUGUGCAGUUCGUUGUUGAGAGAAAAGUUUACAGAUUGUCUGGUCAUUGGACGGGAUUUAGUCAGACUUCUACAAAAUGUUGCCAGAAUAACAGAAUUUGAAAAAAUUUGGAAAGACAUUUUCAACAACCCAACUUCACUAUCACCAAAUUUCCAAGGCGUAUUGCAACUUAUGCAUUGUAGAACCUCACGAAGAUUCCUGCAAUGUCGUUUGACUCCAGACAUGGAAAAGAAAAUUUUGUACCUUACAUCACUUGUUAAGUUUGGUCAACAAAAACGUUAUCAAGAAUGGUUCCAACGCCAAUAUUUAUCAACUCCAGAAAGUCAAUCUCUUCGUUGUGAUUUAAUUCGUUACAUUUGUGGUGUUAUUCAUCCUUCCAAUGAAGUUCUUUGCUCAGAAAUCAUUCCUCGUUGGGCAAUCAUUAGUUGGAUCCUUUCUUCAUGUACCUCUAGUGUAGCUGCAGCUAAUGCCAAAUUAUCAUUAUUUUAUGAUUGGCUAUUUUAUGACCCAGAAAGAGAUAAUAUUAUGAACAUUGAACCAGCUAUUUUAUUGAUGUUUCAUUCUAUGAGAAAUCAUCCACCGACGGCAACUGGAUUAUUAAACUUUUUAUGUCGAAUUGUUACUCAAUUCUGUCCCAGUUUAACACCUCAAGUAAAACUAGGAGUUAGCACAUCAUUAUCACAAAUUUUAGAGAAAAGAGUCAUACCUUCUUUAUCAUCACUUUUUGAAAGCCCCAAAUUGGAUCGUGAGCUUCGUUUAUUAAUCAGAGAGACUUUUCCUGAAUUUUGUAGUGCUGUUAGUGACCCCUUGCACAAUUCAAUUCCCGUUAAUGCUGAAACAAUCCCUAUUCGUGAUAAUUCUGAGAUAAUCAUUGACCCACCGAGAACAAAUAAUCACAAUGAUGUUGAUACAUCUGAAAAUCGAUUUAGUGACGAUGAAGCUGAAGGUAGCUCAGGACCGAAUGGUGGUUCUGUUCCUCAUCCAGAUGGGAUCGAUAAAAAAUCAGUCACUUCUCUUGCUGAGAAUAAUAUAAAUUGUAUAGAUAAAAAAACAAUGAAUGGCCCAACAACCUUUUCUAAAUCUGCCUACGAAACAAAUCUUGGGCGCCUCAAUGAGGAAUUAAGGUCUACCGUAAUAGCUCUUGAAGAGUCAAAGGACAAUGAAACUCGAUGUGAAAUGAUGGAAAAAAUUCUUCAAUUAAUUUUACAAGAUGAUGAAUUCGGUAUUGAAGAUUCUCCUUUACCUGAUUGUAUUUUAUAUGCAUUGCGUGAAGAAAUUGCCAAAUCAAUAUUUCCUGAAUGUCCUGAUGAAGAAGCUCUCGAGGAGUCUAUUGGCUCUCCUUUGUUUGUUAUUUUUCGCAAUUUAUGUCAAACACCGGAAGAAAAUCCAAAUAGAGUUCCUAUUCUUUCUCUUCUUAACGAAAUGUCAUCAAGUCAGCCUUCCAUAGGUUAUCUACUUUUAUAUUACAUGAAGGUUAGCAAAAGUUAUGAUGGGAAAGUAUCACCUUAUCGAGAUUUUGCUAAAUCUCUGGGUAAAGAUUUAAAAAACUGCCUUCUCACCGAUCUGAAAGCUUGCGCAGAUUAUGAUGAUAUCAACCUAUUCUGCUAUCUGAUACCAGAUAUAUACAAUCAUUUCCCCAUGAUUGCCUUAAACAAUCCAGAUCUAUUACAUCUUAUUGUAUCCUGUAUCGAUUCAAGUCAACUCCAAGAACUGGUUUGUCUUAUUUUACAAGGAAAUUUAACUAUGUUUCGUAAAGAUGGUCUAUUACCUCUUUUAAAUGCUAGUCUAGAAUGGGAAACUUUUGAACAGUUUUGUCUUUGGCAACUUUUUAUCGCUCAUUCGAUGCCUGUUGAAUAUAUACUACCUAUCCUACCGAAAUUAGAAUUUCAAAAACAUUCUGAAGCCCUUACGAAUAUAUUAUUGCUUAUCAAGCGAGAAGUACCGAGUCAAGAGCUUUUGAAGCACAUAAUCAGUCGUGAUGUACGUGAUAAAGACCAUUUUGUUGUUUCUUUGUUAAAAUAUUGGACUAGUAAUGAUAAUUGGGAGAAAUUAGCUGAAUUACUUGGCACGCAGUUAACUAAACCAAACUUGACUAAAAGGAAAAGGCCUGCAAACCACAAAAUUUCAUUACCUAAUAGUACAGAACAAAUUUUAAUUUAUUUGGACCAGCUGAGGCAAACAAAUAUGAAUAGUAGGUUUUUUACUCAUGAAUCCAUUCAAAAAGCUUUAAUAUCUUCCCAAGAGCUUAGCAGUGAUUCUCAAAAAGCUAGAUUUAGUGACCUUUUUGCAUUGAUAGAAGAUCAUGAUUCUAAACCAAAAAGAGGGAAAACGUCAAAUAAAAAAGUAAAAGCUAAACCAAUUGAAGAAUCAAAUAGUGAUACUGAAGCGUCUGAGGAGGAAACAACACCAGUGAAAAAAGAGAAUAAAUCAUCGACUCCUAGAAAAAAGAGGAAAACUAUAGUACCUUCAGAUUCGGAUUAGUAUCCGGACAAUAUUUAUGUAAUAAUUGUUUUCUUUAACAUCUCAUUUCAUUUCAUUGCUUAUAAAUUCGAAUGAAAUCGUCAUCCUCCUUUUCUUGUGUUAUAAGUCCUUCUCAUCAAUCAAAAGACAAAAUAUACCACCACUUUGAUUACAAACAAACAACAUCAUAAUUCCCUCAUAACGAUCAAAAUAAAUCAUCAAACCAUGACAUUGUAAAUACUAUGCAAUCAUUCUUACACAAAUGUUAAGAAAUCAUCAACUCUAAAUUUAAUAAAUUGUUUACGCUUUUGCUAUAAGACAAGCUAUGAUA